GGGCGGGGUCUGAGCCACAUCCCAUAACCGCCCGCCUUGGUCCAAUCACGCUCAUCGGCCAGUCCUGCUGCGGCGUUGCCAUAUGAUUGCAUGCAUCUCUCCUUUACUCCGCGCUUCCACCACACCGCUAGGCAGACACUUCAAGUAUCGAUAAUUACGCCCUUUCAAGUCCUCGCAGGCAAGGAAUAGUCGCGACUCCAAGAGGCAUUCACAGCCUCCCUGUCCGACGACUAGAUCCCUUCUAAUCCCCUGGAUCACAUGGCGCCCCCGGGCCCACCACUUUGGCCGAUCACAAGCGGGGUGCUUGGGAGGGAGGAUGGGAAGCGCACCACCGACAUUUUACCAGCUGCAUAUCAUUACGACGAGGCCGCUGGCAAGAGAGUCGUUGGCAACCCAGCCGAGGACAUAUUGGCGUUCUUACAGACAGAACUGUCCCUCGGCAGCCUGGCCAACAUGCUGAGGCAUUUGGGGUUUGCCGGCGCGAAGCGUCCUGCCAAGCCAUUGCACUUCCAAGCGGUCUUGAGCCGGGAGAUCGUCGUCGUCGACCGGAUGGACUUGCAUCUCCUAUGGACGAACGAGGGGAGGCUCUUCGUCAAGCCCGUUCCCCGUUUUCUUCUAGAUCCGGCUUUUUGCCGGGUCAACUUACAGUGCUCUCAGGCCUGCACGUGCGACACUAAAGCAGAAGGAACAUGUCGAUCAAACGCGCGGAAAGUCGCCCUCGGUUUCCUAUACACCUACGCCUGUCUGAUACCAUCGGAGAGCGAUUUCCACGUUGCCAACGAAAAGCGUCUCUUGCCUCGCAAAGGAGACGAUAGGCCAAUCGAAUGGGCCGACUGGAAGCUCCUUGUCAGGGAAUUGCUUCGAGCGCACGAGCGCGACCCGGAUAUCAUGCACCCUCGAUUUCUGCGCGCCGAGCUUCGCCUCUCGCGCAUCAACACCAUCCACCGCUUCACACGCCUCCCGCGUUUCGAUCCCUACCUCCGCAGUCGGCACAAUUAUGGGAGUUUCUUCGGCGACAACCUCGCCUGGAUGGCAGCCGCCACCAUCUUCAUCGCCCUGGUUCUGACCGCAAUGCAAGUCGGCCUUGCGACGGAGCGGCUUCAGGAUGACGUUGCCUUCCAGCAGGCGUCAUACGGCUUCACGGUCUUUGCCAUCUUAGGGCCUAUUUGCGCAUUUGGCCUGGUGAUUCUAGGCGCGCUGUUCCAUCUUGUCAAGGACCUGCCGUUGCUACUCGGAAGACAGCGCACUCACAGGGAGGCUUCCUACACUUCAUUUGACAACAUGGGGGACACGGCCUAGGUCAGGUUCCCGACCCUAGGUUAAAGACUUAUCAGGGCGCAGUGAACCUCAGUAAAGUUGUGCUGUCUUCGCGGCAGGGUUAGGUUCUUCGACCUUCUCGAGCCCGAUUUCCGUCCAAUGGCCCUAGCGCCGACGACGAGACGUAGAAGCCGAUCCUUUGACUCAAUGAUAAUCCAUGCCAUCCCAGAUCUAUGUCUAUAGACGUUGAGCUGGAGAGAAGAGCACGCAGAAGAGACGGCUCGAACACGAAGACAGCUACGUCCGAAGGGCAGCAGUUGAGGCGCUUCAAGGCCAGACCAGCCUUACAGACGAGUUACGGCAGCGCAUCGCAGCACGGCUCAAAGACGAAAACAGCUACGUCCGAAGGGCAGCAGUUGAGGCGCUUGUGAGUCAAGAGGCGCUUCCG